GGUUUCCAAAGGCGACUUAAAUAAAAAAGUGUGAGAUGAAUAAUGAAGGCGACCUUCUGCAGGAGAUGCGUAUGACUCAUCCAGAAAACACCUGCACAGGUAGACACAGUGAGCUGCUGCUGCUUCCAUGCUUCAGGAGAAAUGCAUGCCACCUGGGGCGAGACCAGAGGUGGUGGGAACUUGUGGAAGUAUUCUAAGCAGAGCAGAAACGAGAUUGAAACAGGACUUAGAGAAGUACCAUGGGCAGCAGUCUGGAGGAUGGCGGGAGAACAGUCUGGCAACUGUGGCAAUCCCGGCGAGAAGGGUGCAAGAGAUGGAGGUAAUGAGACAGAACGCAGCAGGAUGAAUAAAUUAAGAAGGACAAGAAAGAAAGUCACUGAGUCACAUAUUUGUUCAACUGAAAUAGGAGAAAUGAAUAUAUCCAACUCAAAAGAAAGGAUCGAAAAACAAAUGGUGUGUCACAAAUUGGGGAAUACGAGCAAACCAGCUGUGGGACCUGGCUCUGCUGAAUGUCAUCUGCCACGAGAUGAGAAGGACUCUCAGGACCAGACAACAGAGGUAAAACCCUUGCCUCUCAAAACAUCAGCCAGUGCUCCUGGUGGUGAAUCCAACCCAGACUCCAGCUGUACUGACAACACCAGGGACAGUGAACAAAUUCCAACAGCACCUCAACUCUCCUCUAGAAUGAAGCACAUUAAACAAGAGAUGGCCAAAAAUCGCCUUCAGUUUGUGCGAUUUGAAGCAGCAGAUCUCCAUGGGGUGUCCAGGUCUAAGAGUAUCCCUGCACACUUUUUCCAAGAAAAAGUGAUCUAUGGUGUUUUCAUGCCCCGAGGUUACCUUGAAUUGAUACCGAAUCCCAAGGACAAUGAAAUGGAUCACAUAAGAGCCACAUGUUUUAACAGUGAUAUAGUCCUGAUGCCAGAGUUAUCAACCUUCCGAGUUCUGCCAUGGGCCGAGAGAACAGCAAGAGUGAUAUGUGACACAUUCACUGUGACAGGGGAACCUCUACUGACUUCCCCCAGAUACAUCGCCAAGAGGCAGCUGAGCCAGCUUCAGGACUCGGGCUUUUCCCUGCUCUCUGCUUUCAUCUGUGAUUUCUGCAUUUUCGGGGUGCCCGAAAUGAUCAAUUCCAAGACCCUAUCUUUCCCGGCAUCAACCCUGCUGAAUAAUCACGACCAGCCCUUCAUCCAGGAGCUCGUGGAUGGUUUGUAUCACACUGGAGCCAAUGUCGAGAGCUUUUCCUCCUCCACCCGGCCUGGUCAGGUGGAAAUCUGUUUUCUGCCCGAAUUCGGCAUCAGUUCAGCGGACAACGCCUUUACCUUCAGAACGGGUGUCAAAGAAGUGGCCAGGAAAUACAAUUACAUCACCAGCUUUGUCGUGGAGACGGGCUCGUGCAAUUCGGGAAUUUUGUCUCACAGCCUGUGGGACGUGGGCGGGAGGAAGAACCUGUUCUGCGGCGGGUGUGGCAGCGGGCAGCUGACCCCCGCGGGGAGGCGGUGGCUGGCCGGCCUCCUGAAGCACUCGGCGGCGCUCAGCUGCCUCUCGGCCCCCGCGGCCCGCUGCCGCAGGCGGUUCUCCAAGGAGAAGCCAGCCCAGGAGGAGCGUGUGCCGACCGCGUGGGGCUAUAAUGAUAACAGCUGUGCUUUCAACGUCAAGUGUCACGGUGAGAAGGGCACUCGGAUAGAGAACAGACUGGGCUCGGCCACAGCAAAUCCUUACCUGGUCCUGGCCGCCACGGUGGCAGCCGGUCUGGAUGGACUUCAGAGCGGCGACGGGGGCCUGGUUGGUGGCGAGGACAGCACAGAGCUGUCUCUGUCGAAGCCUUCUGAGAUCCCUUUGAAACUGCAAGAUGCCCUGGUGGCGCUGGAGGAAGAUCAGUGUCUGAGACAGGCUCUAGGAGAAACUUUCAUUCGGUAUUUUGUUGCCAUGAAGAAAUAUGAGCUGGAAAACGAAGAAACCGAUGCUGAGAGAAAUAAAUUCUUGGAAUAUUUUAUUUAGAAUAGACCCCGGAACUGUUCCUUUAGAGAUGUGAGUUUUACUGAAGUAGCUGAUCUACCAGAAAGAAAAGAUUGAACUUUUGUCACGAAGAUUACAAAUGCGUUUGCUCUUUUAUUGGGUCCCCAUGGAAUAUUUGACAGAUGCAGUGGUCUGCUGAGAGGAUUCUGAUAACAAAAUAAAGUUGCGGUGGAGCUAUAAUAUGCAAA